AUGAAAUUAUUAUACGCUUUAUUAAUUUUAGUUAUUGUUUUCUUUGCUGGCGGUAUUGAAGCCAACAAAACUGAUAAAUCAAAUAAAACUACAGAAGAAAGAAUUAGAGAUGAAAUCAAAGUUUGGGAACAAAAUUGGAGUGGUUUCCCAAUUAAUUGUAGAAGAAUGGUAGAUACAUUAUCAUCAGAUGGUGUUGUUGAAUACCCAGUUGGUAAAAAUAUUAUUGGUGGUGGUCACAAAAGAAUUUUCAAUAGAUGCGAAGCUUUUAUUACAGAAAACUUUAGUCAAAUGAUCAACUAUGCUCAUGAACCAGUUUACAUUGUUGGUCGUGAAGUUGCAUUCAAGAGAACUACUGUUUUCGUUACCAAAAACAACUGCAGACUUUACAACACUGGUAUUGUUACCAUCAAAUACGAUAAAGAUUUCAAGAUUAAACAACUUAAAGAUUAUUUCGAUGCUGAUGAUUUAGUUAGCAAAUUCCAAGCUUGUCAAUUCCCAGGUUCAGAAUUACCAGAUAUUAACGCCGAAGAAAAACCAACUGAAAAACCAGUUGAAGAACCAGCCGAAACAGUUGCUCAAGAUAAAAAACAAGAUAAAAAAGAAAAAACUAAAGAUGAAUUAUAA